CUUAAUGAAAACAUAUUAUUUUCCAAUUAUUACAGUGACUGUAGUGAGUGUGUAAACUGUACUAACACAACAGCUGAGUGGAUAAACUUUACAGGUAAAACUCCUGACACAAAAUAUAUUCUGUGUGUGGCUGCACUAACAAACAACAACAAAGUACAAGGAGAAAUGGUUCAAAUUGAUGCAUACACACGUCCAAGCAAAGUGGCACAUUUGACUUUAUCUUCAACUAAUCAAUCCAUUACUGCCAACUGGGAGUUAACUGCAGGUUAUAAAAAAUUCAAUCUGAGCAUUAAAGCAGAUGGCAGGAAUAGUACGUCUGAUGUCACUGAUCAAUCGAAGUUUACUUUCAAUAAGCUGGACGCAGCAAAAAGCUACACCAUCACUGUCAUCACUCUUUCUGAGAAAUCUAAAUUAGAAAGCGAUCCUGCUGAACUAUCAGUGUAUACCAAGCCUUCACCUGUCCUGAAUCUAACAUCAGCAGAUGAAUAUGAUACAAUCAUAAAUGCUUCCUGGACAAAACCUAAUGAAACCCUUUCAGGUUACCGUGUUUGUAUUAAUAAAAACAAUAUAUUUUACAAUGAUUACAGUGAUUGCAACGACUGCAGUGAGUGUGUAAACUGUAUAAUCACAACAGCUGAGUGGAUAAAGUUUACAGGUAAAACUCCUGACACAAAAUAUAUUCUGUGUGUGGCUGCACUAACAAACAACAAUGAAGUACAAGGAGAAAUGGUUCAAAUUGAUGCAUACACACGUCCAAGCAAAGUGGCAGAUCUUUCAUUAACUUCAACUUUUCAAUCCAUUACUGCCAACUGGUUGUUACCUCAAAGUAAUAAAAAAUUCAAUGUGAGCAUUAAAGCAGAUGGCUGGGUUGGCAGAUCUAAUGUCACUGAUCAAUUGAGUUAUACUUUCAAUAAGCUGCAACCAGCAAAAAGCUACACCGUCACUGUCAUCACUCUUUCUGAGAAAUCUAAAUUGAAAAGUGAUCCCGCUGAACGAUCAGUGUAUACCACCCCAUCUGGUGUUUAUAAUCUGAGUGUAAUAAAGGUGACAAAUGAAAGUGUCGAACUGAGCUGGGAUCACUCAGGAGAAUAUGAUUUCUUUUCAGUACACGUGUCAGAUGUAUCCAAACUAAAUAAUACAAAUGAAAGUACAAUUGUGAUAUCGGGUCUUACACCAGGGAAAAGUUAUCAUUUCACAGUUUUUGCUAUAGUUAAUGGUACUACAGAAAGUGUGCCAGAGGGCGUUUCUACCUACACCAAGCCUUCACCUGUCCUGAAUCUAAAAUCAGCAGAUGGAUAUGAAACAAUCAUAAAUGCUUCCUGGACAAAACCUAAUGAAAUCCUUUCAGGUUACCGUGUUUGUCUUAAUGAAAACUAUAUAUUUUGCAAUGAUUACAGUGACUGUGUGGAGUGCAGUGAGUUUGUAAACUGUAUAAUCACAACAGCUGAGUGGAUAAACUUUCCAGAUAAAACACCUGGCACAAAAUAUAUUCUGUGUGUGGCUGCACUAACAAACAACAAUGAAGUACAAGGAGAAAUGGUUAAAAUUGAUGCAUACACACGUCCAAGCAAAGUGGCAAAUCUUUCUUUAACUUCAACUUUUCAAUCUAUUAACGCCAGCUGGGAGUUGAAUGAAGGUUAUAAAGAAUUCAAUGUGAGCAUUAAAGCAGAUGGCUGGGAUGGCACGUCUAAUGUCACUGAUCAAACGAGUUAUACUUUCAAUGAUCUGCAAGCAGCAGUAAACUACACCAUCACUGUCAUCACUCUGUCUGAGAAACCUAAACUGGAAAGUGAUCCUGUUGUUACAUCAAUGCAUACUAAACCUGUUUCUCCUGUAUUGGCGAAUGCUACUGUUCUUGACCACACUGCCAUAAAAGUAACCUGGGAAGUUCCCGAACAGUUGAAGGGAGACUCAAAAAUUACGUAUAAUGUGACAGCUCACUCUGAUUACUGGAAAAAAACUGAUGUAAAAACUGUAACCGAGAAUAUGUUUAUUAUCUUUAAUCAUUUAAAUUCGGGAACAAACUAUACCUUCAGUGUCAGUGUUGUGGCUGGCAAUGAAGAGAGUGCUCCAGUCUUUGCUUAUGGAAUGACAGUGUCUAAUAAGAAGAAAGUGACGUUUGCAGUGAUGUGCACCAGUGAAACAUCACUUUACUGUAGCAUGAAUACAACUCUGACAGAAAUAAAAGAACAGCUUGAAAAUAAGUUAGGAAAUGAAUAUAAAGAUGUCUACUGGAAACUUGAAAAGAUUGACAGAAAAUGAUGUCUAUACAACGUGUUUUAAUUGUUAUCAAAUUUGUAUUAACCUCUGACUCUUAUGUAACUUUUGAAUUUAUUCACCCAUUUCUGAGGAUGACUGCCCUGCGGUCUUUACACCCAAACUUACUACUGAUAUAAAUAACAGCAAAACAGAAGUCAGACCAUCAGUUAAGUUUCAACUUUAUUUAGUUGCAGUUCUUCGGUUUAUCAUCUUUCUUUCAGACUUCUUGUGUUGCAUUGCCUGAAUUAUUGCGACAUUGAUGUGUAUGUAUAUUUCAUUAUUAAAAUUAAGCUAUAAUUAUGUCAUAUGUUUCUUUAUAGUUUUCAUCUUUAUACUCUAUUUUCAUGCUAUUAUCUGCCAAAAAGGAAUUGUAUAGUUAAACAAGGUUUGGUUAAUUUGUUUAGGAGUGUAUUUAGGAGUUAUUUUUAAAGUACAGACUGCAGUUUUUUUUAUAUUUCUAGUCUUUCUAAGAUGGGUCUUGUUAGUCUUUAGCUCUUGUGUUUUAUUAUUUCUCUCAGGGUUUAUGCAUUAGUGAAAUUAUUGAUUCAUGAUUGCUUGGUUUUCACAUGUCAAAAGCAUAAUAAAUAAACUUGAA